AUGGCUGAUUCAUUCACAAGGGGAGAAAGUAGUCACCAAGGAAUGCCAGAACCUUUGAGAAGCAGGCGGUUGCUAGAUACUGUCAGCACUACCACUCAGGUGGUCUUAGUCAUGGAUGGACUCAAGGAGUUCACCAUAGAGCCGCUUAAGUGGGCUCUUGAGAAUAUUUCAGCAUCUGGUGGCAUUAGUGUUACUCUCCUUGGAGCCAUGCCAUGGCUUAAUAUUCCUUUAUCUUCGAAGACGUGGCAAGAUAUUUGGUCUGUGGGAUUUGAAGAAUUAGCAAUGGCAAAAGAGCAAGGUGACGAAUGGAAGAGUGAUUCUAAAUAUGUAAAGCUUCAAGCAAUGGUUGACCUCUGCACAACAUUUGGGGUUAAUGUGCCACAAAAGCAAGUUGUAAUGGGGUAUCCCUUGAAAUUGGUAGUGGCUGAAAAACUUACAAGCCUUCAGGCAACAUGGGUGGUUUUUGAUAGGCAUAAGAAAAGAGACAUGGAAUUCAUUGCGGAGAAAGUUCCAAGUAACAUGGUUAUGAUAAAUGAAAAUGGAGAACCUGUCAUUAUUAAAAUGCAGCCACCGACUAGUGGAGACUUCACUCCAGCGGAAUCACCGGCCUCUUUUCUACCUUCUCCACUAUAA